AUGAAAAAUAAAAAGCAAACAUGUCAGAAACCAGAGUCAGGUUAGAAUGAAACGGAACUCGAACCAGGAGCGGAGCCCGGAGCACCGAGAGGACGGGUGCACGAGAGGCUAGCGCGCGCCACGUCCUGUGGGCUCGGUGUGCUUCACAAACACCUGCGCAGGUUACAAAGCCUGUAGGCAGUGAGCGCAGCAGGAAGUGUAAGCCUCGGGGAAUUCAAAGGUUUCGAGUCUGAUUUUGAAUAAGAGCGUGGCUGGAACUGAUCUCAGACCAGCAGGCAGCUGGUUCCAAAGAUCAGGACCACAGAGGCGGUGAAGGUGCCGUUUGGGGCCAAAUCUUUAGAUGCUGCCCUGUGCGUCCCUGCCGCCAUGUCGGACGCUCACACCGCCGUGAUCCUCACGCACGGAGCCGGGGGAGACAUGAACUUCAGUCAGCUGGUUUCUCUGGCUCACCAGCUGGCAUCACACGGUUUCCUGUGCCUGCGCUUUACAUGCAAAGGUUUGAACCUGGCUCACAGGCUGAAGGCGUACACUGCUGUGUGGGACUACCUGAAAUCACUGCAGAGGUUCACAGUAAAACGCGUCUUUUUUGGAGGCAGGUCGAUGGGGUGUCGUGCGGCUGCAGCUUUAGCUAGGCGACUGAGCGAGGAAUCCGAGGCCGCGGUGGAGGGUGUGAUCUGCUUGUCUUUCCCCCUGCACCCCCCAGGACAGACGCAUGCACACCGCCAACGGAGCGAAGAUCUAAGGGUGCUGCCGGCGCACACGCGUGUGCUGUUUGUGUCGGGCACUGAGGACGACAUGUGUGACAGGGUUCACUUUGACACGACGGUGAAAGAAAUGAAAGCUCAGGUUGAGAUUUUGUGGCUACGAGGAGGCAGCCAUGGACUGAAGGUGAAAGGCCGUUCUGAGGUGUCCGUGAUGGAGGAAGUGAACCUAAAAGUCAUCUCUUGGAUCAGGAAUCAGGCGGCACAGGCCCCUUAAUGUCCUCUCGUUAAAUCUGUUGCUUUUGUUCCAAUAAACGAUGGCAGUAUUUCA